UUCCGUCAGUCAGUACAAUUUCGGACGUUGGCGCGAUCGGUUCGGCUUCGAGUUGCUAACUUGCUUUGAAACAGUAGCUGUACAGUGUUUGUUGAGUGAACUGAAGACAAGAUGAGUUGUCCUAUCGGAAAUCAUAAUGGAGAUGCUCAAAGCGGUGAACGUUUGGGAGCGGAAGCUGGAAUGUUGUACGGGGAAUAUCUGAUGUUAGAUAAGGUCCUGAGCGCUCAAAGGAUGCUUUCCAGUGAAAGCAACAAGCCGGUUCACGAUGAGCAUCUUUUCAUCGUGACGCAUCAAGCAUAUGAACUAUGGUUCAAGCAAAUCAUUUUUGAACUGGACUCCAUUAGAAAAUUGUUUAGUACGGAGCACAUGGAGGAAUCACGCACGCUUGAAAUUUUGAAACGCCUCAACCGAAUUGUGAUGAUUUUGAAGCUUCUGGUCGAUCAGGUUCCCAUUCUGGAGACGAUGACUCCACUCGAUUUCAUGGACUUCCGUGACUUCCUCUCGCCAGCAUCUGGCUUCCAGAGUCUGCAGUUCCGACUGCUGGAGAACAAGCUGGGCGUGAAAACCGAACAUCGCGUCAAGUACAACCAAAAGUACUGGGAAGUUUUCGCCAGUGAUCCUCAGGCUGUCGAAAAACUAGCCGCCACCGAAAGUGAACCUUCUUUGGCAGAUAUGGUACAGAAAUGGUUGGAGCGAACGCCCGGUUUGGAAGUAGAUGGGUUCAACUUUUGGGGAAAGUUUCAGGAAAGCGUGGAAAAGCUGCUGUCUGAUCAAGAAGCUAGUGCCAAUGAGGAGGAACACGAGAACGUGAAGACAUACCGACUCAUGGACAUUGAGAAGCGUCGUGAGGUGUACAAAUCUAUCUUCGAUGCCAGUGUGCAUGACGCGCUGGUUGCACGUGGUGAUCGUAGGUUCACCCAUCGUGCCUUGCAAGGGGCGAUUAUGAUUACGUUCUAUCGUGAUGAGCCACGUUUCAGCCAGCCGCACCAGCUGUUGAUGCUACUGAUGGAUAUUGAUUCUCUAAUCACCAAGUGGAGAUACAACCACGUGAUUAUGGUACAGCGAAUGAUCGGCUCUCAACAGCUAGGAACGGGUGGCUCAUCCGGGUAUCAAUAUCUUCGCUCUACUUUAAGCGAUCGCUACAAAGUGUUUAUAGAUCUGUUUAACUUGUCGACGUUCUUAAUUCCACGUGGCUCCAUUCCCCCUCUCACGGACGAGAUGCAAAAAGCGUUGAAUCUUGCCUGGGGAUCGCCUGUUCACCGAGCCAAACAACUCAACGGAGCAUUCCAUUGAGUGCAUCAUUUUGAAAUCUGAUUAGUGAGGAGAGUGCAGCAGUCUACUUACGUUUUCGUUUGAAUUGAAAUAAAUUGAAAACACGAGAUUGAUUCCAACAUUUUACACCAAAUAAAA